AUGCAAUCAAGUCCCAGGUGGCCGAGGCCUUGCAGGUCUGGCCGGGCCUGCGUGCCGCUUUGCCUAGGCACUGGCAGCUGCACUGNNGUUCGGUCACCCACGUCAACCUCCGUCAAAACCGGAUCGGAGACGAGGGCGCCAAGGCACUGGCAGAUGCCUUGAAGUCCCACUGUACGGCCACCGUCAUCGACCUCCAUGGCAACAGGAUCGGAGACGAGGGCGCCAAGGCACUCGCACAUGCCCUGAAUUCCAAUCGAACCGUCGUCAUCCACAUCGACCUCCAUUACAACUACAUCGGAGACGAGGGUGCCAAGGCACUCGCAGAUGCCUUAAAGUCCAACAGUACGGUCACUCACGUCAACCUCGAUUACAACGAGAUCGGAGACGAGGGCGCCAAGGCACUCGCAGAUGCCUUCAAGUCCAACUGUACGGUCACCCACGUCAACCUCCAUGGCAACAGGAUUAGAGACGAGGGCGCUAAG